GGAAGUAAGGGUGAUAGAGCGCAAAGGGGGCGUGGACGAGGGGAAGUCACAUGUUCCCCCAUAGAGAAGCAGCAUGGCGGAGUUCGUACAGCGCCGGGUGGAGGACUUAAUCCCCGAAUUAGAACAACUGGAGAGAGUGGGCCUGCUCACCCGGGGGGAAGUCAGAUCUGUCAUUAAGAAGAGGACUUCUCUGGAGUACAAACUGAAGAGGAGGGUCGUGGAAAAGGAGGAUUUCAUUGGCUAUGUUCAGUAUGAGAUCAACUUCCUGGAGCUCCUGAAGAAGAGGCGUCAGCGGAUUGGUUACUCCUUUAAGAAGGAAGAGAUUGAAUAUGUCAUUGUACAGAGGAUUCACCAGUUGUUUGCCCGGGCCACCAACAAAUGGAAGGAGGACCUCCAGCUCUGGAUGUCACAUAUUGCAUUCUGCAAGAAAUGGAACUGCCGAUCUCAGCUGAGUAAAAUCUUCUCCUCCCUGCUGGCUGUCCAAGCAGAUAAACCAGCGCUGUGGAUAAUGGCGGCAAAGUGGGAGUUCGAGGAUCAGCUUUCAACCGAGAGCGCUCGGCACCUUUUUCUACGAGCUCUCCGAUUCCACCCGGACUCCUCCAAGGUGUACCAAGAGUAUUUCCGGAUGGAGCUGAUGAACACUGAGAAACAGAGGAAUGAGAAGGAAAUGCUGGACAAAGCCAGUAUGGAUGUGGGUGAAGCUGGUUACUCAGAAGCCAUCUUGAAUGGAGAAUUGGCCCGGGUGGUUUAUAAAGCAGCGGUGGAGAAGAUAAAAGGGGCCGAGUUCCACUUGUCGCUGCUGACAAUUGCUAAGAAGUUUCAGUUUUUAGAAGAGCUGCAUAAGGAGAUCCUGUCUGACCUGCAGACGCUCCACGCGGAUGAUCCUGUCACCUGGGACUUCUUGGCACGUCAGGAACUGUUAAUGAAAGCUUCACCAUCAGCAGAGUCUACGCCCAAACGGGCAAAAGCCCAGGAAGCAGCGCGACAAGAGGAGCGAUGCAGCCAAGUGUAUGAGACGGCUCUCUGUUCUCUCCACAAAGAAUCCAUGUGGGAUCUGUACAUCACUUUCUGUUUGGAGAGAUACAAACGUCAAACCAACAGCAAAGAACUGAAACAACAGAGGACGGAGAGACUACUGUCGGCUUUCGGCAAAGCACAUGAAGCGGCCUUAUUACCACCAGCAAGAUACAAGGAGUGGAUUUCACACCUAGUGGAGCUUGGGCAAAUGGAAUUGGCAAUAGAUGUAUCCUCUGCAGCCACUGAUAGGUUUGGCUCAUCUGUGGACAUAUGGAGGAUAAGAUUGGAGGUUCUUAUCUCUAUGAAGGCUGGGGAUGUGGAGCAAGUGUUUACAAAGGCAUUUACAGAAGUGAAGCCCAAGGACAGUCCACCUCUCUGGACAAUAAUGGUGGAAUGGAGUGAGAAGGAGAGGAGUGCAGAAGACACAGAGGCCUUGUACCAGAAACUUGUCUUAAACCCUAUAGUCACCAAGACUAUGAAGGUGAAAUAUCUUGAUUGGACCUACCUGACUCAGGGUUACAAGAAAGCAAAGAAAGUCUUCAGCAGCUUACAUGAGAAUCGCCCAUUCUCCGAGGAGUUUUUUCAGAAGAUGAUUGACAUUGAGAAAGAGCAGGAACAAAGCAAGAUGGCAAACUUACGGGAGUAUUAUGAACGGGCAUUGCGAGAAUUUGGCUCUACAAACCCCGAUUUGUGGCUUUCUUAUAUUAAAGAAGAAUUGAGCCAUUCAGAUGGGAAACCAGAGAACUGCGGUCCCAUCCACUGGAGAGCCAUGAAAGUGCUGCAGGGGGAGAACGUUGAACAAUUUAUAAAUAAAUACACCCUGCUACAGACUGGACACUUAUAGCUGAACAUUGCCACGUUGGAUGGGGGGGUCGUUCUGGGUGGUUUUGAGUUGUUGUUCUCUGAUCAAUAUUUUUUAAUAAAAAUCAUCAUCAUGGAUCUUCAUCAAAGAAAUGUCACAGCAGUGUGAGAGCGUGGCCGUCUUCCAGAAUUUGAACACAGCACCCUGGCCAGCAGACUGUAGCAAUGAAAAAAAAUAUGCAGGGGCAGUGUGCUGUGGCUGGGAUUUGUAACCUCACUCAACAUCUUUAGUGACUUCUGUAAUGUAGCUGUGCAUAUGAUGAAUAAGAGUUACUCUCUGACACAGAACAAGUGCAAAGCAUUUGGCAAGAAUAAGAGUUACGGUUACUUUUUGACCAGAAAUAAGUAAACUGCACUCAGGAGCGUUAAGGUUACCCUCUGGCCAAAAAAAAAAAGUACUGAUUGCUCAGAAGAUGUAAGGGUUACCCUCUGAUCCCAAACAAGUACACAGCACUCAGGAGGAAUAAGGGUCAGGAUUACUCUCGGGCGCAGGAGAUAUAAAGGUUGGGGUUAUUCUUUGACCCUGAACAAGUACAACCCUAAUUCCAAAAAUGUAGGGCUGUUGUGUAACAUUGCCAUAAAAAUGAAAUGCUUUGCAAAUCUUAAACCCCUAUUCUAUUUUACAUUGUCUAUUGUGAAUAAAUCCGAUGUUUAAACUAAGAAAAUGUACUGUUUCAA